AUGCUCCGCCUGUCGUCCGUCGUGCGACUGGCCGCCGUCGCCUUUGUCGCCAUCUUCUUCCUCCACUUCCUCGCGUCGUUCUUCUCGUCGGCGCCCGACCCGUCGCCUUACUACGACGCCAACCAGUACGGCGCCGACCUCGACGACGGCAUCGGCUGGGGCGAGCGCCUCGGCCUCGACCACUACGCGAGCUGGGAGGAGGACGUGCGCGGCAAGGUCGGCGCAGGACUCGGCCGCAUCAAGGACGGCGUCGGGAGCAUCACGGGCCUCGGCGCCAAAGGUCCCAAGCUCGGCAGCUUGUACGAGCUCGUCGCCACGUCGAACCCGUCGCCCGGGCCGGCCUACUUUGACGCGCGCACCUCGAUGGACCGCCUCAAGCUCACGUCGACCCGCGUGCUCGGUCACGGCGGCGGGUCGUCCUCGGGCUCGUCCGACGGCGCCGAGGACGUCGACGACGCCGCGUUCGCCGACCGCCAACGGCGGCACAUCCUCGUCACGGGCGGGUUCGGCUCGCUCGGCAAGGCCGUCGUGCGCGACCUGCUCCUCACCGGCGGCGGGUCGUCGGCCAAGUCCGCAGCAGAGUGGGCGGCGGCGGCGGGCGCACCCGCAGACGAGCAGGCGUGGGAGGCCGACGUCCUCGUCACCAUCCUCGACGCCAACGACCGCACCUCGGAGCUCAACUUCCUCCUCCAGUCGGCGCCGCUCGACAAGCCCGGCGCGAGCGGCAAGGCCAAGGGCACCGACCCUCGCGCCAAGGCGUUCCAGGCGUCCGAGCGCUCGGUCGACAGCUUCCGCAAGCAGGGCAAGCUGCGCGUCGUCGUCGGCGACGUACGCGACUCGGCCCUCGUCGGCCAGCUCCUCGACCCAAAGGGCUCGUACGUCACGCACCUCCCCGGGCACCUCCAGGCGGCGGCCCUCGGCGACGUCCCGGUCGGCGCGCAGAAGCAGAAGGGCCACGGCACCACCACCUCGUUCAUCCCGCCCGUCACGGGCAUCAUCCACCUCGCCGCCUACAGCCCGUCGCACUGUCGCCAGAACCCGGGCGACUGCAAGGACGUCGAGGCGGCCGGCAUGAAGGCGCUCCUCGCCGGGAUCGAGCGCGAGGGGGUCGACGAGGAGGCGGCGCUCGAGGGCGACAAGGCCGUCGCCGCCGACCGCCCGUGGGUCGUCGUUGCUCGUCGUGCGGAUCGGUGGGACGAGGCCUCGCUCGCGCACAAUGGCAACGCGUCGGCGCUCUCGAUGCAGGCUUCCGAAGCCGCCCUCAAGACGUUCACCCACGACCAUCCUCUGCACGCCCUCCUCCUCCAGCUCCCCUCGGCCUUCUCCAUCGUCGGCGACCCUUUCGCCCCUCGCUUCGACCCGGUCCCGCACAUCGUCCAGUCGGCCCUCGGUAACCUCCCCGUCGCGGUCACGUCGUCGGCGACGCAGACCGAGCCGUUCCUCGCCCUCGACGACGCGUCGCGCGCCGUCGUCCAGGGCGCGCGCAUGCUCGACGUCGCGUCGAGCAAGGACUACCUGCGCCUCCUCGGCUUCGUCGGCGAGGUCGAGGUCGUCGGCCCGCCGUCGGCGAGCCGCAGCAGCAGGGCGUCGUCGUCGUCGUCGCCGCUCGCCGAGCUCGCGCAGACCGCGAUCGCGCUCAUCCAGUCGCAGUCGCCGUUCGCCGCCCUCGAGCAGCCUCGUGCGCCCGUCGCGUCGCCGUCCGACGGCAAGUUCCACGUGAGCGAGACGGCCCACCGCAAGACGGCGAGCAAGGCGCUCGGCUUCACGCCGGCCAUCUCGGUCGAGGCGGCGCUCCGGACCUAUAUCUCGGCCCUCCUGCGCCUCCAGACGACCUACCUCUCGUCGCGCAUCAACGUCGCGUGCUCGUCGCCGCCGUCGAUCUCGGUCCUCGAGGAGGGCCUCCUCGCCAUGAACGGCUGCAACGUCCAGCUCCUCACGCUCGUCGAGGGCGCCUACUACACGCUCGGGUGCUCGCAAGGCCUCGAGGGCGACCACGACGAGCCCGUGUCGCUCGUGUCGGCCGUCCCGUACAAGGAGGGCGUCCGCGGCGUCGAGAUCACGGCCGAGCGCGGGCUCGAGGGCAAGGUCGACAUCCAGAUGCGGUGCCCGGUCGUCGGCAAGGACGGCAAGCUCGUGUCGGGCGAGAGCGAGGUCGUCAUGUGGGCCGACACGCCGACCGGCGGCGAGUUCGCCGAGCUGAGCCGCGAGGGCGCCCACGAGAUCGCCGAGUGGUUCACGGUCGAGUUCGCCCAACGCGACGCGCGCAGCUUCACCUUGACGCUGCCGCCGACCGAGGGCGUGCCCGACGGCGAGGAGCCCAAGCGCCGCCUCACGUUCCGCGAGCCCAACGCCAACCGCAAGUCGCUCCUGUUCCAGCCGACCGGCGACGACGGCGCACGGGCCCUCCUGUGGAAGUUCAACCCGAUCUGCUGCGCCGCGUCCGAGCGCCGCAAGGACGUGUGGGACUUCUUCCACGAGGACCCGCUCCUCACGUCGCAGGUCUCGUACCCGUCCGAGGACGGCCGCACGACCCUCGCCGAGUCGACGCUCGCCAUCCGCAAGUGCCACGACCUGCGCGCCGAGCACGACCGCAUCGCCAAGAUCCAGCUCCGCUUCAAGCACAGCGCGGCCAAGGCGGCGUCGGGCGCCGUCCAGGCGUCGUCGUCGUCGUCGUCGAGCGGCGACAUGUGCGUCCCUAAGUACGGCGCGGCCGGCACGUGGACCGCCAAGGACGAGCCGACGUGCUCGAUCGACUGCAGCGCGCCGCUCCCCUGCGUCGCCUCGGAGCACUGCAAGUGCACGCGCGACCGCUGCGGCGAUGCGCGCGGCGCAGGUCCGUUCCCGGCCGUCGCCUACACCGACGCCAAGUCGUUCCCGGCCUCGUCGACGCCGCCGGCGCAAUCGCUCGCCGAGCGCGUCGACAACCACCUCAAGUCGCCGGCGUGCUACGACCUCGACCGCAGCCCUUUGCCGUUCAUGGGCGACCACUACUUUGUCGAGGCGCUGCGCAACCGCUCGGUCGGCCUCGACGACGCGGCUUUCGUCAUGGUCCCGUACUACCAGGGCUGCUACUACAACUACCUCCAGGAGAACACGUUCAAGAAGCUCGCCGAGACGAUCGGCCACGCCGAGAAGAGCGUGUCGGCGGCCGACCACAUCACGGGCGAGCGCAUCGUCGUGCCCUUCACGCACGACUUUGGCUCGUGCACGGGCUGGUGGCCCAAGCUCGAGGACGUCCUCGGCCACUCGCCGCCGUCGCCGAUGGACCAGGCCGUCGCGUGGCAGGUCAACGGCGACUACAACACGCGCUGCGUCAAGGCCGACCGCGACGUCGUCGUCCCGGCCGUCACCAAGCACACCAAGUCGCUGUUCGAGACGUUCAAGACGGCCAAGGACGUCAAGCCCGUCCUCGACCGUAAGCACCUCGCCUUCUUCGCCGGCGGCGUGCGCGGCUUUGGCGCUCUCCCGAGGACCAAGAUCGGGUGCGGCCGCACCGGCCAAGACGCCGAGAGCGCCGACAUCCUGUACCAGCAGUUCUCGCCCGGCCUACGUUACCUCGGAACCCUGAGCGCGAGCAAGUUCUGCCUCCUCCCUCGAGGCAUCCCUGCCUGGACGACGCGCACGUUCGAGGCCAUCUACUCGGGCUGCAUCCCGGCGUUCAUCGUCGACCGCAACAUGUUCCCGUUCCAGGACAUCCUCGACUACUCCAAGUUCUCGGUCACAAUCCCCGAGGCCGACGCGCACCGCGUCGACGAGGUCCUCGGCUCGUACUCGGACACGCAGCUCGUCGAGCUCCAGGCGCACCUCGUCAAGGUCCGAGACGCGUUCCUCUUUGCCGACGGCCAGGAGUGGGACCGCCAGGGUCCGCUCUUCUUCGCGCUCGUGUCGAUGGCGAUGCGGUUGCCGUUGGGGUACCCAGAGGUCGGGAGCUGUCCGGCGAGCUAGACGAGGCUGGGGCGAGGGGGUCUUGGGUCCGUUUAGAUGUCUCUCUCUGUCUGUGGGUCGGGCGCAGUGUCUUGUCUCUCUCUCUCUCUUGCCUCACGUACAACGCGCAUCUCUCGCACUGCAAUACCACGUUCAUCUGCCACUGCAUCGUCAAGCUCGGCAAGCGAGAGGCUCCUCGUCCUCUACAGUCCGCCCCACCCGAGGUCGGCUCCUGCGUACGGCGCGCCAUGGAGCGGUCCGGGCCCGCCGUACGCACCCGGCG